ACGCGUUGUAAAAGUGUGUUCUUUCGUGAUAGUAGCUACCAGAGGUGAAACGAUCAGAAUGUCUUCAGUUCCGAUGUACUUCCGCGAUUGGUGGGAUGACGAUCUGUUUGAAAAUCCCCGUCGUACAUCGCGCUUGUUCGAUCAACAGUUUGCCACGGGCAUAUUUUCUGAGGAUCUGCAGAAGAUGGCAUCCAGCUUUCAUUCGUCGAACCUGCGCUCAUCCCGGCUGGGCAGCUUUCGACGUCCGUGGAGUGAGUUCGGUGGGUACAAGUUUAGCAACAGUCUGAUCAACAGCGGACCCACCAUCACCGACCGGCUGCAGAUCAAUCUGGACGUGCAACAAUUCACACCGCAUGAGAUCACCGUUAAAACCGUCAACAAUUCGAUCGUGGUGGAGGGUAAACACGAGGAGAAGCAGGACGAGCAUGGUUUCAUCUCGCGACACUUUGUCCGCCGUUACGUACUCCCAGACGAUCACGACCCAAAGGACGUCAUCUCGAGCCUCUCGUCGGACGGUGUGUUGACGAUUGUGGCCCCCAAGAAGGUACAGCAGCCGGCGGCGGAAGUGUUGUACGAGCGUACGGUACCGAUACAGCGCACUGAGGAGCGAACGGUGGAAAGCGUCCGGACGACUUCGGAAAGUGUGACCAACGAAAGUAAUGGAAAAUGAGCGCCUGGAACACCUCGACACUCCCCUUAUUGUUUGGUUUACCGACAGUACUAUGAACCAAAGUGAUUAGCAAAGUAUUAACGAAGAAGAUCGGAGGUUUUGUGAAUGUUUUGAGUGAAAUAAAGUGCAGCAGAAGCGGUGCGUUGUAAGACUAA